AUGGAGCGCUCACAAUCGGAUACACUGCCUCUGGCGAACUCCAUUCAAAUUCCUCAGCUUGGCUUCGGCGUGUACCUAUCCCCACCCGAAGUCUGCACCAAAUCAUGCCUCACUGCACUCGAAGCUGGCUAUCGUCACAUCGAUACGGCGCAAUACUACGCCAAUGAAACAGAGGUCGGACAGGCUGUUCAAAAGUCAAACGUCGAUCGCAAAGAUGUUUUCUUGACUACCAAGAUUCUCGAAGCUGCUGGUUCGGUGGACGCAAGCUAUGCGAAAUGCAUUGAGAGUAUUGAGAAGCUUGAUCCUGAGACCGGUUAUGUCGACCUUUUUCUCAUCCAUAGCCCUAAUAGUGGCACUGCGAAGAGAAAGGAGAUGUGGCAGGCCCUGGAGAGGCUGUAUGAGGAUGGAAAAGCGAAGAGUAUUGGCGUGAGCAACUUUGGCAUCAAGCAUAUCGAAGAGCUGAAGCAAUUCGCCAAAGUCUGGCCUCCACACGUCAAUCAGAUCGAGCUGCAUCCAUGGGCACAGCAGAGAGACGCCGUGGAGUAUUGCGGGAAGAACAACAUCGUGAUAGAAGCCUACGCUCCUCUCGUUCGCAACCAAAAAGCCGAUGACAAGACCCUCAAAAGCAUCGCCUCAAAGCACAACGUCUCGCCCAGUAAAGUGUUAAUCCGAUACUGUCUUCAGAAGAACUGGGUUCCCCUUCCAAAGAGCGAUACGCCCGAGCGCAUCAGAGCUAAUGCUGACGUUUUUGGGUUUGAUCUGGAUGACAAGGAUAUGAAGGCACUGGAUGACCUGGACGAGGGCGCUGCGGGUGCAAUUGUGCAGGCGGUGGAUAAUUAUUGA